AAACGAGAUUAUCCAACAGGACCUUAAACAAAUCACAAGGAGUUAAUUCUGAAAGCAAAUAAUCGAGAGCGUUUGAAGUGCCUCCCCACUUACUUCCAGGGAAUGAUAAUUAGCGCUCAGAUACAAAAGGGAGACGCAAGAGAAAGCUCAUGGGCAGAUGUCGGCAGCGACUUGAUAAACGCGCUGGAUUGUUGGAGAAGGAGAAGUGGGGGAAGGAGAUUCUGAUGCAGGAGAAAAGGGGGUGAUCUGUGAAACGUCAGGAGCAGCACAAAGGCUUUGCCACGUAAUUACAGGCAGUUAUUAAGGAGAUCUGCCCUCCCCAGGGUCCUCAAUUUUCAUUUAUUCCUCUGCACAGUCUCCCCCUUUCCAUGCCAGUCUGGAGCGUUUGAUGUGCCAAAGAGUCGCUUGAAAAGGAGUAAUCGCUGGAAAGGAAGAAGAGCUCCCCAGACUAUUGCAGACUCCCUCUGCGAGAAAAGAAAACCAAGCGUUUUUUGUUGCUGUUGCACAUACAUCUGCAAGACAUCAUCAGUGCAACCCAAUUCACUCCUGACAUUGGAGAGCGCAAGGGAGAGGGAGGGAGGAAGGGCAGAGAAGUUUGCUAUCAACAUGCGUCAGGGCUGAGAACUAUCUGCUCCACCACUUUCUCUCUCUUGGAUUAAGGGAUAUAGACACACCACAAAUAAAUCUCCCGCUGCUGUCUGAGCGACAGAGGAGCAUCUGCUGGAGACUGGGCAAAGUUUUGGAUUAUUCUUUUUUUAGAUCUUUAAGGACUUGGCACGUCUGCCCUGGUCGCUGCCUUUACGCAGUUUCCAUCUGACCAGUUUUUGGAGAUUUUGUAUUUCCUUGAGUGGAAGCAGCAUGACCUCCAGCUAUAACCACCACCUUCUGGACAGGCAGGGCACCCUGGGCAGCCGCUUGGAGAGUCCCAUCACGGCCAGUCUGGACAAUUUACAGGCCAAAAAGAACUUCUCGGUGAGUCACCUGCUGGAUCUGGAGGAGGCUGGGGACAUGGUGGGGGCUCAAGCCGAAGAUGGAUCAGGGGAAGCCGGCAGGAGCUUACUGGAGUCCCCGGGUUUGACCAGUGGAAGUGACACUCCUCAGCAAGAAAAUGAACAGAUGAAUGCAGAACAGAAGAAGAAGAGAAAGCAAAGGAGGAACAGAACUACAUUUAACAGCAGUCAACUGCAAGCUCUGGAAAGAGUGUUUGAGAGGACGCAUUAUCCAGAUGCCUUUGUACGGGAAGACCUAGCGCGCAGAGUUAACCUCACCGAAGCCAGAGUCCAGGUUUGGUUCCAGAACAGAAGAGCCAAGUUCCGCAGAAAUGAAAGAGCCAUGCUGGCGAACAAGAAUGCUUCCCUUCUCAAAUCCUAUGCAGGAGAUGUGACCGCUGUGGAACAGCCCAUUGUACCCCGCCCAGCCCCGAGGCCCAAUGAGUAUCUAUCUUGGGGCACAGCCUCCCCAUAUAGUGCCAUGGCUAGCUAUUCCUCUACCUGUGCCAACACCAAUCCUGCCCAGGGGAUGAACAUGGCCAACAGCAUCGCCAACCUUAGGCUGAAGGCAAAGGAAUACAGUUUACAGAGGAACCAAGUGCCAACAGUCAAUUAAAAAGAAGGCCGACUACAGAAAUACUAUACUAUUGCCAAAUUCUUUCUUGUAAUAACCAAAACCUUAUAAUGGAAUAACGUGGAGAUGAGCAGGGUACAAACUGACGUGCUAUGAAAUAUCUCUUUUUUCCUUUUGGAAAAAUGCCACCAGCUAGUUUCCAUUUUGUUUUUUUUUUUUGUUUUUUUCAUGCUUGGCUUUCUAUAGUAAAAAGCUUAUCCUGCACAAAAACAAUUUGCCUCUGUUACAUGGAUGUCAGCCUUAAUUCACAGCACCAGCCACAAGCAGAUCUGCCAUCUUUUUUUCAGUUGGGGCCCUGUACAAGUGUUACUGUUGGGGUCCCUUGUGCCAUAUGGAAGAAUCUGGCCAACUCUCACUGUAUCUGCUGUACCCCAGAUGACUGCCUUGGCCACAAGAUUUAACAAAUACCACCCCAAAUACCUUAAUUCUGAUGCAAAGUGGACACAAUUUCUUGAAUUACAAUUUGUUAAAACGACUCUUGAAAAAAAAAAAAACCAUAUACUAAAAAUAAGCACUUCUUCAAAUUGGCAAAUGUCACAGGAAGAGAAGAGUUUGAAAUCAAAAUGGUAACAAAAUUAGCGGGGGUCGCCCCUCGGCUCUUAUUUAGUCUGUAUACUAUUCUGUAAUUGUCAUCACCAGUUUAGAGCUCAUUUAGGAGACGGACUGUUUUUCCUUUUCAGCUGACCUAUAUUAUUACCAGCCUGAAAGAACCUUUUUUUUUUUUUUACCAUAAGCUAAAUAUUGUGGAACCAAAUGGGGCGCUUAUUUGUAUGACAUAUUCCUUUAUACAGAAGGGAACAUGCGCAAAGUAGUAUCUCUAAGUAAAAGUAUUCAGUUCGAAAAGCACAUAUUUAUGCCUACCCCAUUCAUUUAUAGAAGCAUCUUGUAUGGCCGCCCUGAAAUUGUACAUGAAAGUGAAUAUCAGAAGACAUUUUUUGUUCAGAUUAUCUGCCUUUAGUUAGAGUUUAAUGUCAGCCAAUGAAAUGAACCUAUUGUAACUAUUGAAGAAUGGCGUAAGCUGUUUGACUUUUGUGUUCCACUGCCUUUUUAACCCCAGUUUGUUUGGAAAUAAUUCUGAAAUUACAAAAAUAAUUAUGAAAAUAAUUAUGAAACUUGCCAAAAUAAAAGAAUCAACCGGGGAAAGGAAAUGAUAAGAAAAGCGUGAAAGAGUUACCAGGCAAGGUUCUGCUCCAAAGGAGAGGUAGGUUCCUAGCCAGCUUUUAAAGAGUCCUACCCAUUCUCUUAUAGAAAUGAUGUGAUGCUAUAGAGGGAGUAUAUCAACCUCCUAUCCAAGGGGAAUGAUCUGACAAGUGGUCACAAUCAUCAGGCUGCCCAUAAAAAUACAAAACAAAAGUCCAUUCUACAUAAACGUAUUACUUGAUGAUGUAAGAGAAGAAUUGUUAAGUAAUGGUAGCCUUUCUUGAAAAAAGAAAUGGAUUUCUACUUUGGUUUGUCCGUAAAGGAAACACGGUACAAAUGUUGUCUAUAUCUAAUAAUACAAAGCAACCAAUCAGAUGUGAGCUGUCUUAAAGUAGUCCAAUCAUUGCUAUCUGGUUUCUUUGGGUACAUGGGACCAGCUUGUUAUCUGAUUGUUGAAGAAGAGUUAUGUACAAGGGUCUAGGGAGUAAUUGAAUAAAAGGUGCAACUGGUCUAGAAACCCAAAGCAUCCAAUCAGCAGGUAGCAUUUACUGGUCAGCUUUUUAAAACACAGCCAAUUGCUAUAUGUUAGGGUGGUGGCACUAGGGAAGAUUAGUCAUCAAGCGACAAAUCUAUGCUACUGUGGGUAACUAAUCUCCCUGAAAUGCCUUCCUGCCGGCAAGAAUGGCAUAUGUAUCGCUUCAGUUUUCCUCUCAAGGAAACCUCGGGUGACUUCGAAAAAUGAAAAGACACGUAUGCCUUCAUGCCGUUUAUUUGCAUUCUUGCCAGCAGGAAGGCAUUUCUGGGAGAUUAGUCGCCUGCAAUAGAGAAGAUUGGUUGCAUGGUGACUAAACUCCCCAUGUGCCACUACCCUUGCUAAACCUGGGCAAACAUUGCCUCUUAUAUCACACAUCCCUAUAGAAUGCUAGUGAUAAGCACUAAAAGUUGAUGCAGUUCAGCUCUUCUCCAAUAUUUAUGACUCCAAGUCCCAUUAAAUAUAGUACAGGGUUACCUGCUCUGUAAAUAGUUUUUGCUCUCACAUCUGUCAAAGUAACUAUAUCCGAGUUCAAGUUUUUACCUGUACUCAUACCCAUUCACUUCAACAUCCCCUGUGCUCCCCGAAAGGAAACCACACCAGCACCCCCCCCCAAAUCUGUAAAGAGCAAAAUGAUUCUCCAGGGCACUAGAGCUUCUUAAAAAGUCAAUAAAUCCUUAUUCCAAUUAAACGACAUAAAAAAAGACUUGAUUUGUAAUUAUUUUGUCUGUUACAUUUUGUACCACUGACAAAGUUGUCAAAAUGCAUUAUAUAUAUAAAUAAAUGUGUAUAGAUAUACUUGCCCGCUUCUUAGGAUUUUGUUAUUUUUUGUUUUUAUUUUGUAAAAAAAUUAAAUAAAAGAAAAUAUUUUAAA